AUGGCUACUACUAUUUUUGCUCGGCCGAACACUUGCGGGCCUUCAGCUGUUGAUCCUGUACGGCAACACGCCCAGACUGUGCCGCGCAAAAGAAAAGUGGUGCAGCGACACGACGACUCUCCUCUCCAAUGCGGCAACGUCAGCGACCAGCUGGCAGCAAUAAGUACACCUGCAAGCCCGCGAGGGCCUUGGGGCUGGCCGCGCGGUUCAGUCCACCCCCUGCGCCGUGGCUGUGGUGAAACGAAUGGCAGCGCUGGUGGGCUUGAAAGGGCGGGGACAGGCUGGCCACCAAAGCCAGGCACCGCGUCCUCAGUGGCCGAGAGACUCCUGGUGCCUGUCCACAGCGACGCCUCCAUUGAUAGGCUAGGUGGAGCCGCCCGUUGUUGCUUCGUCGUUGCAGCGCAGGGCUGGACGGACGGCCGCUGUAUCGUGUGUCAGGCUGAUCGUGGACGCACGUCGUAUCGUAUUCGUAGAGCCCCCGUGCAAUGCAGUCAGGUCAAUCAAUCAAUCUAUACAAUAGACAAGCCGUCCAACCGUGCCAAGCGCACCGGAAUUGGCGACGCGGCCGCCAGUCAGCCCAGGCUGGGGGUGGUGCCGCUCUUCGUCUUUGCUUUGCAAUUCACCCGAGUCUGUCCUUGUCGACCUCUACAUUCGUUCUUGCGCCUCUCCUGCUCGUCCAGACACUCGUUAUCAUCGACCUCCUGCGCCCGACGAUACAUUCCUUUGCCUCGCUACGACGAGAAAGGGGUGAAACACGAAACAUACAUUCCCCGGGGCUCCAAGAGCCCUCACCCAACGCGCUUCGUUUCACAUCCGGCAGUCGUCGAGGGCAUCGCUGAGCGAGUCCACGGUUGA